CGGUGCUUUCUUUCCGACAGGAGAUUCAAAACUCCCACUGUUUGAAUGCAACAUCAGCCAGCAGCUAGCUUGUGUGCUAGCUAAUUCUCAAUGUUGUUGUUAUGUGUCGAACCCACGUCGCUACUAUAAUGUCACAACGACCGGAUGAGAACCCGAAACGAGAGACUUUGUUUUCAUUUGAGCUUUUGGUGGAAUACAUUCGAAUUAACAGUGAAAAGGAGAUCUCCGACAAGCUCGCUGUUGGAAUACGACUGUUGGACUUUCCAACGCUGCUCAUUUAUCCGCCUGAACUGAGAGGAGAUAAUAGAAAUAAUCACCUACAGCAUGAAAAGGACAAGCGAUGGGUAUAUUCGUUUAAUAAAGGCAAGUCGUGUUUCUUCGAAAUGAAUCUCGACUCUCUGCACAGGAAACUCACCAACACCCCUCUCUAUGUUAUGAUUCUCGAUGUGAAAGACGAGAUACCCAAAUUAUUAGGGACGUCCCUCAUCUCGUUGGCUUCCAUCAUUAACAGAAUCAGACACGACUCCAUUGAACACGAUGUUGCUAGUUGCUCAUCUUUUGGAGAGAGAGGGUCCGUGUGCGUAAACAACCUUGCAGAGGAGCCAGUUGGAGUUAUUUCUCUGAGUUACAAACUGCUAAUGGUGGGUGACAGUCUACCACCGCAUGUGACAAAAAACAUACCGGUCUCCGGUAAACAAUGUGCUCAAGAAGACAUCCUGAAGAAGAAGGCAAAUGAAAAAUUACGUUCUGGCUCUAUGGGAGUUAAGUUUCCCACGCAGGACAAUUCCGAUGAUGGAUGGAAUAAUGUGGAGAAAAAAGCUGUGUUCACCCAAACUGGACAUGACCCAAUAAGCCAAAUUCCUCACACAGUCCAAGAACAUAAGAACUUGGAUGAGGACCUAACUGUGUUUUGUCCCCCAUGUCUGUACUAUUGCAAUUCUGGCAAGGAAAAACGUAAACCCCAAGGAAGUGAGUACAGAUUAGUUCAAUGCGAGUCACCAGUGGUAUCACACAAAGCGACAUUCUCCGACAAUGAAAGUGGGAAUUCCUUAGCAAUGGACCAGGCAUUGCAAAAUGAGCCUAACGUAUCUGCAAGUGUCACUCCAAAAGGCCUCGAGGAAGCUCUGAGACCACUGCCUCUCCUUAAUGCUCUUUUUCUUGAACUGUCACAGUUAAAUGUCCACAACCUGCACCAGCCACCUCUGUCGAAUCAUCCAGACUUGGCCGGGAUAUAUAAAACGGCUUCUCCUGAGGCUUCGGGCAGACAAUGGAGCGCGCCGAAAACAAGACCAGAGCAAGAAAGCAAGGUGGACACCACUUCAAAGCAUUUGCAUUCCCCCAGAAUAGUUUCGCCCCAAAGUAUGAAGGCUGAGCCCAAAGAAUCAAUGCAAAACAACCAAUUUGAGGCUUUGAUUGACAGUAAACCACACAGGAAAAAGUUAAUGUACAGAACAACAAAAACAUACAAUCUAAGGCGGCAAAAAAACUGCACUGUGGUGAAAAAUCGGGACUGUAUGGCAUUACACACAACCAAUCAAACACGGUUAAGUGCAAGUAAAGGAGAGAAAAAAGUCAAAAGUUUCAUUCCUAAAGAAAAUAUGAAGACGCAAAAAACGAAAGAGGUCUCUGUGGUGGAGGAUACAACAAAGCAAAAACAUGAAGAUAGAUCAAAGUUGGAAAGUCCUAAGCAAGAACUAGACACUUCAUCCAUUUCUCUCUCUUGUCUCGAUGAUGAUGCCACAAGCAACCAACUCCCCAAAAUGAUCCUGACGUGGACGAAAUCAGAGAGCCAAAUCAUGAAACUGGACUCUCCCAAAAGUAGUAGUCACAGCAGCCACAAGUCUGUAGUGUCAGACUCUGACAAGGAAGAAGAAUACGCAGACGACUUUAACAGUUUUGAGGCCAGCGAUGCGGACACAUCCAGUAGUCCCGAGUCUGCCAAGUCGAAGCCUUCAAAGCCUCCUUUUCUCACUUCAGAUUCAGACUCGGAACCCGUUAAGGAAAAAACUCUCCUCCCUGCGCCCAUUAGAGGUCACAGCCCCGUGCAGCGGGUUCUGAGAGGCACGCACCUCAUCCAGCCUCGAACACAAGACUCUGCACUCAGCUUCUCUUCUGAAGAUGGAUCAGCCUCCAUGCAAAUGGAAUACUCCAAGAAACAAGAAAAGGAAGAGGAUGCUGGAGUUACGUCCCCAAGAGGCCUAAAGAGUGAGAGCAGCAGCCUCGUUUGGCGAGGUUCUUCAGACUCAAUGUGCUCUGACCCACUGGAAGCUAAGGAACUGGAAGAUGACCUUGGAUCCUUGGACUUCAGAAAAGAGUAUCAACAUAUAUCUGAGCUUGCGGCCGUCAAGCUCCCUGGUUACACAAUGUAAACACAGUGCACCACAAAAAUAAAUACAUGGGCUUUUAGUAUUGUAUUGAGUAUUGUUUACAUAUGAUUGUGUUUGAAAUAAAGAUAUUUCAUGUAGGAAAAGACUCAA